AUGGCGGGGUGCCUUGCCCGGGCUGCAGCGCCCAUGGCCGACCCUCUCCUUGCAGUGACCUCGCAGACGGCCACUGGUGCCCAGCGCCGAGAGGAGCCGCUCCGUGGGCAUGGGCAGAAGGACAGAGCCUCUCCAGACCCACAGCACUCCUUGCUGGAGGCACUCUCCUUGCUCGGCAGCGAUGACUGGGAGAUGAAGGAGAAGGGACUCUUCAACAUCAAACACCUGGCUGGGUCCCAUUCAGAGGUCCUGCUGUGUAGACUUCAUGACAUUUGCUUGGCAGUUACCAGCGAGGUGGCCAACCUCCGUUCCAAGGUGUCCUACUCUGCAAUUGUCACUCUGGGAGAGCUCUUUGUGACCUUGAAGAAGAACAUGGACUCUGAGGUGGAUGAGGUUGCUCGGGUCCUUCUGCAGAUGGUGUCCAACUCCCCAGAAUUUGUUCAGAAAGCAGCCAGUCAGACCCUGGGGAUCAUGGUGGAGAAUGUGACUCCUGCACGAGCAAUGACUGCUCUCAUGGACAUGGGAGUCAAGAGCCGCCACGCCCAGGUGCGGAAGUGUGGGGCCGAGCUCCUCCUGUCCCUGAUGGAGAGAACUGGAGUCACAAAGCUGGCAGGCACAGCCAGGGCUGAGAGGCUGGCACACGUGGCAGGGAAGCUUGCUCAGGACUGUCACCAGGACACAAGGUAAUGAUCCUCAUUUCACUUCCUGAAACAGGAAAACCGUUCCCUGUCUGGCCAUAAAGGAAAAAGCACAAAAGAUUGGAAACUCAAGGCAAUAAUAAGUGACCUCAAUGUGUGGAUAAGGGUCAUAGAAUCACAGAAUAUGCUGAGUUAGAAGGGAACUAUCAGGGUCAUCCAGUCCAGCUCCUGGCCAUGUGCAGGGCACCCCAAGAGUUACUCCAUGUGCUGAGAGCAUUGUCUAAAUGCUUCUUGAGCUCUGUCAGCCUUGGUGCUGUGACCACUGCUCUGGCUUGCCUGGGCAAAUGACUGUACUGGGUAACCUGAGGUUGGCCAGCAAAAAGAUGCAUUGCCAACUUCCUGUGGCUUGAAGGAUUCUUUACUGAGAUCAAAAGAGCUCAGAUGAGCCAGUCCAACAGUUUUCAUUGUCUUUAGGUGCACAACACAAAGCCAAAGUGUUGGCUAAUAUUCAUCA